CAGCCCGCGCUGCAACAACCAAGCAGCCCACAACCACUAGCCCCAACUGCUGGCUGCCAGUGUGGCGUAGCGAACCCCAACCGCAUUGUUGGUGGGACAGAGGUUCCACCUGCCCACAAAUACCCUGGGCAUAUCGGCCUCAAGUACGAAAACGGAGCCAACUACUGGUGCGGCGGAUCCAUCAUCAACAACCAGUACGUCAUGACCGCCGCCCACUGCUUCUUCGACAAGUACGGGAACCGCGAGUCCGACGAGGGUCUCGUGGUGGGCGUGGCCGACCACGACAUGUCCGUCUCCACUGACGACGUCUCGGGCGUCACGAGGUUGGUCAAGGUGGCCAAGGUCAUCCUUCACCCCAACUACGUGUCUUCAGGGUAUGACAACGACAUUGCCCUCCUCAAGCUGUCCGAGACCCUGGAUCUGUCCAAGAACAAGGAGCUGAGGUCCGUCUGUCUGCCCGCCGACGACUCCAAGAACUACGCAGGAGCCUUGGGCAUCGCUGCAGGAUGGGGCAAGCUGCAGUACGGUGGAAGCCAGCCCGACAAGCUAAUGGAGGUGACACUGCCCAUCCUGGAGCAAAGCUGUUGGCCCGAGAAGCACCCUGAAGGCUCCAACUGUUCGCAGUGUUUGCUCGAAGGCGCCGGCGAGCUUCAUAAAAAAGAAAAAAGGUUAUUCCAGAAGUUACGUCAGCCAAUUACAGAGCUGCCUUCCCCUCGAGGUACGACCAACGCCAAGCGCAUGUUCAUCGCUGCAACGUUUCAUUAA